CAAGAGGAAGAGAGCAGAGUGAAGAGGGAGAGAGAGAAGCAGGGAUGAUGGACUAUUCAUCUCGCCAUAGUGCUGUGGAUCGGUUGCCGCGUUGGAUAUGUGUCAGCUCUGAAUCUGGAAAAAUGGGAACUGGUGGAGAUCCGUCGCCUCAACACAAGCAGAAACCCCCAACCACGGACCUCUGCUACAAGACUGAAAUCAGCAGUCUCAUGGACUUCAACUCUCCUGAUGCCUCACUGGACAAAGUUCUGCUGCGCGAAGAGGUGGCCCAGCUCCAGGAGGAGGUGCACCUGCUGCGGCAGAUGAAGGACAUGUUGAGCAAGGACCUGGAGGAGACCCAGGGAGGCUGCUCGGCUGACGUCCUGUCCGCCACGGAGCUCCGAGUGCAGCUGGCCCAGAAGGAGGAGGAGCUUGGACGGGCCAAGGAGGCUUUACAAGCCAUGAAGUCGGACCGCAAACGUCUCAAGGCGGAGAAGGCCGACCUGGUGAACCAGAUGCAGCAGCUUUAUGCCACACUAGAGAGCCGGGAGGAGCAGCUUCGGGACUUCAUACGCAACUACGAGCAGCACAGGAAAGAGAGCGAGGAUGCAGUAAAGGCUCUGGCCAAGGAGAAAGACCUCCUGGAGAGGGAGAAGUGGGAUCUGAGACGGCAGACCAAGGAGGCCACGGAGCACACAGGGAUGCUGCGCUCCCAGCUCGACCUCAAGGAGAACCGCAUCAAGGAGCUGGAGGCUGAACUUGCCAUGGCCAAACAGUCACUAGCCACGCUGACAAAGGAUGUGCCCAAGCGCCACUCAUUGGCCAUGCCCACGGAGGCGGUCGUCAAUGGCAACAACCAGGAGUGGGUGAUGCAGGCGGAUCUUCCCCUGACUGCUGCCAUCAGGCAAAGUCAGCAGACCCUCUACGUCCACACAGGCCAUCCCACUGACAGACAAGUGGCUGCGGUGCGAGUGAGCCCCAUCCACUCGCGUCAGCCCUCCAUCAUCUCUGACGCCUCUGCAGUGGAGGGAGAUCGGUCGUCUACACCCAGCGACAUAAACUCGCCACGUCACCGGACUCACUCCCUCUGCAAUUCCCUAGAAGAUUUGGAGGAGGCGAAGCGUAAGAAGAAGAAAGAGAAGAUGGGGCUCGGCUCGCUGUCGCGUGUCUUUGCCCGGGGAAAGCAACGCAAGUCUCUGGACCCCGGUUUGUUUGAUGGUACUUCCACACCCGAUUAUUACAUAGAAGAGGAUGCAGACUGGUAAAAGCACAGCUCUCUGAGUGAACCCACCUGUGGACCAUGAUGCAUUUAAUGUGUGAGAGGAUGGAUGCUGGAGUGUAUAGAUAUAAUAUAAUACAUGCACCUGUUUAGCCCCACCAGAAGGGGGAUAAUUGUACGUGUGUGUGUGUAUGUGCGUGUCGGCGUGCAUAUGCGUGGUUAGGCCAACGGUCAGAGGCCGAGUCAGGAGCCAGAGGCGCGUCUUGCUUCGCCGAAGUGUAACUCUUAUUGAACAUAUUGCACCUGUAUGUAUGUACACUUCUGUAAAUAGAAACACAGCAACAAUGUUGACUUGCUCUGUUAAAGCUGUGUUACUGGAUCUUCUUCUUGACUUUUUGUUUUCAAAAAGCUGGAAACUUGAAGGACUGCUGUAUCUGUAAAUAACAACGGUUGUUGUGUACUCUGUGCUUGUAAAUGUCUCCAUGUUCCUAUUAACUUUUGUUCAUUUUGACACAAAUUCCCUUCACAACUCAAAGCUCCUUUGCUUUUGUUUUUUUUUGUCCUGCCUGGUCCUCCCCUCCCUUUUCACACAGCCAUGAUGAGAACAGUUUCCUGUAGGCAACAUGCAGACUCCUCAGUUCCAACAACAAUUUGAUUAUCAUUUAUCGCAUUCCUCAGAAAACGAAAACUGAACAGGGGCUCUAACCGCUGAGCACGGGGUCAGCUUUUUACGCUGACCCAUUUGUUCCACAGUAUAAUGAAGCCAAACAGGAAAUGCAAAAAAAAACAAAAAAAACAUGAUUUCUAUCUGCUAAGAUAGAACGUACAGUGCCUUGUCAAGGUAUUCAUACCUCUUGAUUUUUUUCUUUUCUCCACGUUUUUGCAAAAUAACUAAUAAUUUAAUUUCAUCCUAUUGAUGCUCUGGUUGUAUAUCUAGAUAUAAAAAAGAUUUGUUCUAUAUCCAUAGCAGAUUCUUACUCCAGGAUUGCACCAUCCAUGUUUCUAGCAACUCUAACCAUCUUCCCACAAAUCAUGAUACUGCCACCACUGUGUUUUACCAUGGGGUUAGGCCAAAACGUUACAUUCUGUUUUCACCUGACCAGAGAUCAUGCUGUACGAGCCUAACUGAGAGUUCAUAAAAUAGAAUCGAGGGCAGAUCGAGUUGAUGUAAAAUUGGCUUAUUACUGUCUUUUCACAAUGUCUUUUCCUUAUCCGUCUUUCUUUGAGGUAAGAUUUGUUAAGUGAACAGCUAAGAGUUUUCUGUUUUUGUCCCAUCUGAGAUGUGGAUCUCUGUAGCUCCUUCUAAGUUUUAAGUAGGGAUCUUAGCUGCUUCUCUCAUGAGCCAGAAUGCAUUGAUAAAACUCCUUAACAAACUAAUAUCAAAGAUAUUAACAAAUAGCUGUCGCUGCAUUUGAUAAGUACUUCUUAAAGUUAAAUAAUAUUGAACAUCUUUUCAUGUUGUUCAGUCCCUCUGGGAUUUCACAAUUGUGAUUCUUUUUGCAAUCAAAAUCACUGAUUAUGUGGACCUAACGAGGAAGUUUUUCAAUAAUUGCAUUUAUGUACGACGUAAAUUAUGACUUUGUUAAUCAUCGCACCGAUCACGGACUAACUAAUAAUUUGGCAUCACAUGAGGCUGAGGCAACAGUGUUGUAAAAGUAAGUAAUACUGCCCCUUACAGGAGAAAGUUGCCAAUAUUUUUCACAAUUUAUGGCUUAAAUUUUGAAACAAACUAACAGUUAUGCACUAGAAUGACAAAAAUACGGGGAUCCAUUGAUUUUGCGUGAAUUUCUGAUUGCUAAAAACCAGAGGGACUGAUUGAUGUAAUUUAGCGUCUGGAGUCUAGAGGGCCACAUACAAAGCUAUGGUGGGCCAGAUUUGUCCCCCGAGCAUUGAGUUUGACACAUAUGCUUUAGUAGGUAUUAAUGGCGCGUUUAACAUCACUUUGUGAUAAGCUAAAAUUUUAAAAGGUAUUUUUUUCUAAUCUAACUCAGAUUUAAUCUGCAGCACAACUUUAACCUUGAUGUGCCUGCAGUGACCCUUGAUCUUUAUGGUGUUGCUAAAUGGUUUCUACAUCAUUCAAUUUUUUUUUUUUUGUUUCUUUUUUUUAGAUCAACCAUGAAUGCCUCCACGGUUAUGGGUUGCUCUGUGUCAGUCCAUCACAUAAAAUCCAUUGAAGUUUUGUGGCUGUGAUGUGACAAAAUUAUCCAAACGUUCGAGGGAUACUUAUGCAAGACACUGCACACACCUGAACAUGUAACAUGCAUGCAAAUAGCCUCAGACCCCCAAAGCAUGCUGAGAGAGUUGUGUUGCAUAUGUUGUCAAGAAGGCACUUUAAAAAAAAAAAAAAGAGAGGUCAGUUGCUGAUUUCAUGAUGUUUGUUCAUGGUUUUGUCAGAUUCAAAUGUAUCCUUUUUGAUUUUUGAACUUGACCCUUUCAUUUUGUUUGCUUAAUCUGUUAGGGUUUAGCAAUUUAGCCUUAGUCUGCAUCUCCAAGGCAACAUUUCCAUGUGGAAAUCAAUUUGGAAAUUUCAAGAUCAGCAAAGUUGUGAAGAAACCAACACUAUUUUUAAUCAUUCAUAGUUUUUCUCCCAUUUUCUUGAUCUCGCAGUUGCUCGCAGCUAUCAUUAUGCUAAUACUCCGAAAAGCUGCUGGGGUUGGAUUAUAGUUGAGGAGCCUGUCUAAAAUUAGAAGCUAGAUAUAAAGCUGAUGGUCAAGACUUUUGCAGACCGCUGGAAGCAAAGUUGUUUUUAAUUACCAUAAAAACUGGAACCACAAUUAAAAGAAGCGUACAUUAAACAAAAGACUCUGACUACUGAUGAGUGCCAUCUCGGGAGGUUAGAAAUCAGGUCUUAAGCAUACUAAUCAAGUAAAAGCAUUGCUUUCCAGGUGACCCCCUGAGCUCACUAAACAUUCUUCAGUUUAAGCUACUACUGGAAAAAAAAAAAAAGCAAUUAGCUCUGUGUUAAAGGUUAAUAACAUUUCUUCAAGCCAAAGAAUGUCCAGAGACACAGGAUUCUUUUCAUCCUGGAUCAAAUUGGAGUCUGCACUGCCCCCACUGGAAAUCUCUUCUCUCCCUGACAUUAAAUUAUCAUUAGCUGUACCAAAACCCCCCCAAAAACAGUGCCAGAUAGCACUGGAGCUAUUUUUUAACCAGACUUUAUUAGAAAAAAGGAUCUUUGAAAAAGUAUUUGCUGCCAGACUUUUUUUUUUUUACAUGGCCACAGUUCAAUGUUUCAGAUCAUCAAACAAAUUUUAAUAUAAGACAUGAAAACCUGAGUAAAUGUAAAAUGCAGUUUCAAAUUAUGAUUUUAAUUCGUUAAGCAACCUGCCCUUGGUUGAAAAAAUAAUUCCAAUCUAAAACCAGCUACUAGUUGUUCCACCCUUGCCAGCAACAACUUCCAUCAGGGUAUUUAUGAUAAUUGACAAUGAGUCUUUUACAUCACUGUGGAGGAAUUUAGUCCACUUUUCUUUGCGAAGGUAUGUAAAUCAGCCUCACUGGAGGGUUUUAAAUAGCCUACUCUAAGUCAUUACCAAAGCCUUUAAAGCAGAUUUAAUUCCAAACUUUGACUCAAAGAUCUUAAUUUUUUUUAAUGAUUCAGAGGCGGAUUAGCUAGUGUGCUAGAGUUGAGAUAUGGAGCCUUGUGAAGCUUCAUGACUCAAGCAAGAUUGAGUUUUAAGACAAUAACAUAUGACUGGACAUUCUCACCUGCUUGAUUAUCUGAAACAUUUAGGCAUGACAAAAGCCGAAAAUAAUAUGUAGGAAAUUAAAAAUAAAUCAUCACAUAUUCGGCUGUAUUUAUAGGAACAACUCAACCAAUUAAGGUGUUCAUUAUCAAAUAAUACAUAGGAAAACACAGGCUACUUUUAUGCUUUCAUUUAACCAGUUUUUACCUGCUGACGGGGAAACUACAUAUCAAAUGCAGCAUUGUAUGAUUUCAUAUUCUGAGCCACGGUGUGUUUUUAUUCUGCCACAAAUAUUUUACUUUUUGUAAAUGAGAUAGCAUUACAGAAAUGAGAUGAAUAUUAUUGUUAUUAUUAUUGAAGAGUUUUAUUUAAAGUCAGAGAUGUAGGCCUCAGUGUGGAACUGAGAUAUUUAGAAGUAGAUAGUAGCGACUUUUUAAAGCAUGGCAACGACGUUACGCUAAAAAAAAAAAACAAAUAAAAUAAAUAAAUAAGAUUAUUUUAAAAUAAAAUAAGUGAUAAUGAUUUCUAUGUGGCUGUCCUCUCUUUUCCUGUGUCUGUGUUGUUUAAGUGUUUUUGUGGUUGUAUGUUGUUACUUCUGAUUUGUCCCUUUUUUCACGUGGGGGAGCUGCAGUGUGCAGCCUUCAAAUGGCCUUUUUUUCUCUGUUUCCCUCUCUCCUUUCUUCAGUCCCAGCUAAAUUUUUUCCUACAUUUCCCACAAAGCUGCAUUAGUUUUCUCAAAACAAAGGGACAAGGGAAGAUAAGGCCAUAUCAGAUCUCAUGUGUGAGCGCAUGGUGUCAAUAAUGGUGUGUACCAUGUGUGCACUAACCUGUAACUCUGACCCCUUCCUGUCAAACUCCCAUCCUACUCUCAACACAGUGGAGCGACCCAAGGAGCAACCAGUCACAUUCAAAGAAGUUGGAGGAAAGAUGAUUUCUUGUUGUUUCAACAAAGAGUUGCACUGGGUUGCAAACUGUGUUGGUAGAUACCUUCUAACUUUCAAACAACUGUCACACACUGACCUUGACUAAGCACUUCUUCAAGUUGAAGUGUAGAGUUUUUUUAUAUAUAGAAGAAAAGAUGUAAUGUGUGAAACAGAAAGUGAGUGCUGAAACAUAAACAGGCUUUUGAGAGCAACUAGUAAGUUUUAUGAUAUACAUUGGCCAGUUACUUUAUUAGCCAUAUCUUGGUAGAUUCUUUUUUUUGUUUCUUUAAGAGCUGUUUUUCAGUUUUUUGUGACCUGGGUGAACUUGGGCUCACCAAGUAUGUCAAAUCUAACAAAAUUGGUAAAAAGAAAAGAAAGACAGAAUG